GUUUUUGGUAUUUGCUUCAAACCGAUAUACAAUGAAUAAAGUCAAUAUACUCCCCUCUGACACUAACAUGAAAAUCACCUUGUUCUCUGAAUUGAGUGUUGGGAUCUCAGCUAACAGUAUCCUGUUUUUUGCCCACCUCUGCAUGUUCUUUGAAGAGAACAGGUCUAAGCCCAUUGAUCUGUGCAUUGCUUUCUUAUCCUUAACCCAACUAAUGCUGCUUGUAACUAUGGGACUCAUAGCUGCAGACAUGUUUAUGGCUCAGGGGAUAUGGGAUAUUACCACAUGCAGGUCCCUUAUCUAUUUUCACAGACUUUUGAGGGGUUUCAACCUUUGUGCUGCCUGUCUACUGCAUAUCCUUUGGACCUUCACUCUCAGUCCUAGAAGCUCCUGUUUAACAAAGUUUAAACAUAAAUCUCCCCAUCACAUCUCAGGUGCCUAUCUUUUCUUCUGUGUUCUCUAUAUGUCCUUUAGCAGUCACCUCUUUGUAUUGGUCAUUGCUACCUCCAAUUUAACCUCAGAUCAUUUUAUGUAUGUUACUCAGUCCUGCUCACUUCUACCCAUGAGUUACUCCAGAACAAGCACGUUUUCCUUACUGAUGGUCACCAGGGAAGUCUUUCUUAUCAGUCUCAUGGCCCUGUCCAGUGGGUACAUGGUGACUCUCCUAUGGAGGCACAAGAAGCAGGCCCAGCAUCUUCACAGCACCAGACUUUCUUCAAAAGCAUCCCCACAGCAAAGGGCCACCAGGACCAUCCUGCUGCUUAUGACCUUCUUUGUGGUUUUCUACAUUUUAGGCACUGUUAUCUUCCACUCAAGGACUAAGUUCAAGGAUGGGUCAAUCUUCUACUGUGUCCAAAUUAUUGUGUCCCAUAGCUAUGCCACUAUCAGCCCAUUUGUGUUUGUUUUUUCUGAAAAGCGCAUAAUCAAGUUUUUUAGAUCAAUGUGUGGCAGAAUAGUAAAUACUUGAUUAUUCACUGAUGAGUAUGGAUCAUGAAUAUAGUCUAGUAAAUUGUGAUCAGAGUUAUGGCUCAUGACAUAUUAAAAACAUUCUCUAAUUUAAGUUUAACAUAUAAAAUUAUCUUAUUUCUCUUAAAUGUGUUUACUUUGUGUGUAUAAAAGUAUGUAAAAGAAAAUUAA